AUGGUAUCAGAGCACAGUAGAUCCUUGGUUAAUCCAUCCAUGGAUCUCUACUCUUUUCCUCCGUUAAACAUUACAAACUGUGUUACUCUCAAACUAACACAGAAGAACUAUAUCUCUUGGAAAGCUCAGUUUGAGCCCUUUCUUUCUGGGCAAAACUUACUCGGUUUCAUCAACGGUGCUCAUCCUGCUCCGCUUGAGGUGAUUCUGGUGUCUCUUCCAUCGAGCAAGGCUACCACUGUUCCAAACCCAGAUUACGGUGAAUGGUUCAGGGCUGAUCAGAUUGUGCGUGCUUGGCUUCUCGGUUUGUUGUUUGAAGAUAUUCUCGCUGAAGUCACAUGCACCAAAACAGCUCAGGAUCUGUGGUUAGCACUCACAAAUAACUUUAAUAAGGUAUCAUCCUCUCGCCUCUUCGAGUUACAAAGUAGACUCCAAUCUGCAGAAAAGUUAGUACGAUCUAUGAGUGACUAUCUCAGAGAUAUUAAGAAUGUGUGUGAACAACUAUCCUCCAUUGGUAGUCCUGUCCCGGAAAAGAUGAAAAUUUUUGCUGCUUUAAGAGGGUUAGGUAGAGAAUAUGAACCUGUGAAAAUAUCGGUUGAAGGAAUGAUUGAUCUUCAUCCACCUCCCACCUUCGAUGAUGUGGCUUCUCGGUUGACCUCGUAUGCGGAUAGGCUAUCCAACUACAGCACCUCUGUUGAUCUCUCUCCUCACUUGGCCUUUUUCACCAACUACUCUGGUCGAGGAAGAGGAAAUGUUCGCUCUGGUGGCUCACGAGGACGUGGAGGUUUCACUACCAAAGGCAGAGGCUUUCAUCAGCAAAUCACUCAAGGAUCAGUCUCUGGCAGCUCCUCGAACACAGACACCAGAGUCAUCUGUCAAAUAUGUGGAAAACCUGGGCAUCCUGCUCUGUCUUGUUGGCAUCGGUACAACAACAGUUACCGACAAGAAGAGCUUCUGCUUGCCUUAACUGCUAUGAGAAUCAUUGAUGUCACCGAUCACUCCGGCAAUGAAUGGGUCCCUGAUUCCGGUUCCACUGCUCACAUCACCAACUCCCAUCACAACCUACAACAAUCAAGUCCAUACAUCGGGUCAGAUACUGUCAUGGUCGGAAAUGGAGAAUUUCUACCCAUCAAUCACACUGGAUCUACCAGUCUGCCAGCAAGCUCAGGAAGCUUACUCUCAAGGAUGUCUUGGUCUGUCCUAACAUUGCAAAAUCACUGUUAUCGGUUUCGAAACUUACCAAAGAUAAUCCAUGUUCUGUUAACUUUGAUGAUGAUCAUGUUGAAAUCCUUGAUAAGGCAACAAAGAGGCUUCUGGCUCUGGAAAACAGCAGUAACGAGGGUCUCUACAUUCUGA